AUGGCGACCACCGCCAACCCACCGCCCGGCGCCACACCCGCGAAUGGCAUGUCCGACCCAUUCAUCACAUCAGCCACCGCCAAUUCGGCAGCCAUGCGGUUCGCGCCCUUCGAUACCGAGCAGUUCUCCAUGUACUCCAACGGCUCGCCAUCGCAAGCGAAGAGAGCGCUCGAGGCGCAUCUUAAAGACACCGACCGGCGACUGCAGGAUGCCUCGCGACUCGGCAAUACACUUGUUCAGCAACGGAAAGACCUGUCAGCACGGCUGAAGGACCUGGAUGAGAUGCAGCAGGAUGAUGAGGUGCCGCAAGAGCUGCGCAAGAAGCUGGCAGAACUGGAGAAGGAGUACAACGAAGUCGGCAAAGAGUCGGCGCGCGCGUUCCUACCCAAAGCGCGAACCGGCAGCAAUGUACUCGAGCCUACUGCUACACCGUCCGCCUUGACAGGCUCAGGCCGCGAAUCGCCUACUAAGAUGGCUCCACCAUCCUCAAGAAGGCAACGAAACCAGCCCAGCAACCGCGUCCACGACAUUGAGUUUGCUACCGAGAUUAGUACCUCUCUGCUCGCUCAGGUCAGACAGUUGCAGGCGGCUCUAGCUGAGAAGGACGAAGAGCUCAAGGAUUCAUCAUCUUCAAAGGCGCAUCUGGAAGCUGAGGCGGCCGGCAUGGUGCAGCGCAUCAAGCAGAUGGACGAGAGCGAGCAUCGCUACAAAGAUGAGAACUGGAACCUGGAGAUGCGUCUGCAAGCGCUGGAGGCGAGCUUCAAGGAGUCUACGGACAAGGAGCAGCGGCUCACACAGAAUCUGAAGACCAACGAGUCUGCCAAAUCGGCUGCCCAGCGUGAUCUGGACGAUUUGAAGGUGUCGCACGAGAGGCUGGCUGAGGAGCACGCGACUAUCAAGAGGCAGCAUGAGGGAGAUCUUCAUGGCUUGCGGCGGGAUGUAGCCAACCAUGAAUCCGAGAAGAGCAAGCUACAGAAGCGGAUCGAGGAGCUCAAUUCGCAAAACUCGGAGUUGGCCAAGGCUGUCGCUUACCGCUGGAACCAGCCAAGUACAGCGACUGAUACGGAGUUUGCGACGGCGGAUGAGGAUCAACGCGGUGGUGAUAGUACACCAGAGCACUCGGAGCCUGCUUCGCCGGUCAAGGGCACCCCCCGCCACGGCAUGCUCGAAUCCGAGACUCUCAAGUCCAGCCUCAAUCACGCGCACCGCAUGAUCCAGAAUCUCAAGAACAACAUCCAUCGCGAGAAGACCGAGAAGAUUGAGCUGAAGCGGAUGCUACAAGACACGCGUGACGAGCUAGAGGCGAGGCGCAAUGAGGGCGGCGCUGGUAGCUUGGCCAAAAAGCGACGCAGUGACAACCAGAGUGGCGGACAGUUCCGCAAGCCUGCACGACCACUGGGCGCGAACCGCGGCAGCACUACAGAGAUCUUGGAAGAUGAGCCGGAUUGGGAGGAUCACGAGGGCGCCCACACUCCAAGCAAGUCCAGGACAGCUUCAGCUGCUGUUGGUGGAGCGCUUGCUGGCGCAGCUGGUACUGCUGCCUUCGAUCAUGCAUAUGGAGGCGAAGAUACCGAGAGCACCGAUGCGGCCUUUGAGACGGCCACCGAGCGUGAGGGCACUACAACGGAUGCCUUUGAAACCGGCCGCGAGAGCAUGGGUGACGACAGCGAUGAGCUCACUGAGACUGAAAGUGGCAUCAAUCGAGGUGGCACUAUUCGCAAGGUCUCGGGUCUUGCAGGGGCCAAACCUCGCGACCGCCGCUCAUUCCAGUCGACUGCUUCGACAGAAGAUGAAGCCGACGAAGUUCGCACGCCGAUCCAAGCGCAAGCGCCCAAGUACCGCAUCCGGAAUCUCAACAACAAGGGCAGCAGGCGCGGACGUGUUGGCGAUCUUGCUAGCGACAGUCCGGGUAUGCAAUACAGCCCUGCCUCCAGCAAUGGCACGCCGCAGCCUACUGGUCAGACUCUCGGAGACGAGCUUGAUGCAUUGGACGACGAUAGCAUGGAAGGUACACCAAGCAGGAGCAUCGGCUCAGAAGCCCCGACGCCAGACACGCAGCGACAUAUCUCCGUUGAGCCUCUCACACCUGGUCGAGAAGGCAGUGAAGAGCCUGAGAUCGGCAGCCCGAUCAAGAGCAUCGAGUCUCCACCACCUGACGGUGAAGAUGCAUACUUGGCGCACCAGUCGAAUGCUGCGAUGUUGGCGCAUGAGUCUGCCAUCAAUAAGCCUCAGUACGCCGAUGCUGGUGUAAUGACCGAGCCUUGGGAGCCAGAGCCUGCCACUGAGAAGCACGGCUUGCGUGAGCGGGCUGGUGAGGUUGUCGGCGGUGCGCUCGCUGGCUUUGGCCUUGGUCGCUUUGGGAGGAGUAAGAGCGAGGAGUCGGAGGAUGCGCAGGCUGAGUCUGGAGCACCGGCUGAGACAGCCAAGGAGGCAGAGCGCCCAGUCACGAUGUUCAAAGAGCCGGAGGCCUCGACUCCGGUGCAGCUUGAGCAGUCCAGCAUCGUAUCGCAGGAGACGGAGCCGAUCUCGCCACCACGUCCAGAGACCAGCAGAGAGCUGCGGGACGUUACUGCCGCCGCUGCAGAACCUGCUGUUCCUCUUGCUGCUGCUGCUCCAUUGGCUGUUCGUGCUGAGGAUAAAGAGAACUUGGACUUCUCAUCCAUCCACGCGCAGGCCUUUGAACCUCAAGUGUCAGUCUCUGAGGGUCCAAUCUCAUCGACGCCACUUCUACCGGACCGCAGCUCAAAGCGCCUGAGCGCUAUGCACGAUUCCGAGGGCAUUUCCGUGGAACGAGAUGGUAUUCCAGGCACUGAUAGGUCGCGAGUCGGCGCAGGCUUCUUCGCUACGGCUGAGACUCCCCGCUCGCUCGACGGCACUGGUGACCUCAAGACGGAGGAAACCGAUCGCCUGCGACCUGCGCUUGGUGAGAUCUCGAGCAACACCGUGUCGAACGAGAGUGCCAUCCCGAAACCGUUGUCCAUUAAGAAGCCGGUGGCGGAUGAGGGGUCGCAGACUGCGGUGUCUGGUGACGACAUUGAGAACAUGCUGAAGAGCAAAGCAGGAGUUGGUGCUGCUGGUCUCGCCGGCGGUGCUCUUGCUGGAGCGGCGGCAGGUGGUGCUAUCAAUGAGCUCACUUCUUCGCCAUCGCGGCCGUCAACAGCCAUCAGACCGGACUCCCGCCGCAAGUCCAUCGACGGUGCUGUGCCUGCCGAUCCGAACGCCAUCCGAACGCCUAGGAGGCCCGCAAGCUCUGGCAGCAUGCGCAAGAUGGCUUCUGUACCGCCACCACUUCCGGAGAAUCACACGCAGAAGAUCGUCGCUGCAGGCGGUAAAGUUCCUGCAGCGCCGUCUACUGCUAACGCUGGCUCGAUGGGUCCACCACUCAUGCCGGCUUCGGCGUACAAGCAGAAUCGCCCGCGUACGCCUGCUGAGGCUGGGAGGACGAUGUCGAGGGAUGGGACCACACCUCGCGCCCCGAGACCGAGCAGCAGUCAGAAUCUGCAUAGUCCUGCUCCUUCUGGUGUUUCGAGGCGCACGUCGAUGUCAUCGUUCGCCUCAGAGUUGGACGAGCGGUUCAACAUGCAGCGUGGAGCCCUCAUGUACCCAGAUGGUGUAGCGCCGGCGACAGACCCACGCAUGAUCCAAGCCAUCACGCAGACUAUGAUCGGCGAGUAUCUCUGGAAGUACACACGCAAAGCCGGCCGCAGCGAGACCUCUUCCACCCGUCAUAGACGCUUCUUCUGGGUGCACCCCUACACCCGGACGCUCUACUGGAGCGAAAAGGACCCCAGCACCGCCGGCCGCGACAUGCUCAAAGCCAAGAGCGUCGCCAUCGACGCCGUCCGCGUCAUCACAGACGACAACGCAUACCCGCCCGGCCUGCACCGCAAAUCUCUCAUCGUCGUCACGCCUGGCCGCGAGAUAGUCUUCACCGCCCCAACGAGCCAGCGCCACGAGACCUGGUUCAACGCUCUCUCGUACCUCCUCCUGCGCACCGAGCAGGAAAAAUCCGAAGCCGAAGACGCCAUCAACCAAGAAGACAUUGAUGAGUUUAAUCCAGGUGUUGGGAAUAGUAUCCGCAGAAGCAUCUCCCGCUUCACCGGCACCGGCGCCCGCAGCCAGAGCCGCGUUAGCUUAAGUAGCUACAACUCCCGCACCACGCGCAACAGCAGCCCGGAACGCAACCGCGCGGCUUCGAGUCUCGCGCAGCGCCAGUCCGCCGCCGCUGCUCGCACGACCACCCCGCAAUCCCCUCCUACCUUGACCACGAAACAGUCUGAUUCCGGCACCGCGACCACUCGCCACGGCACCACGAGGCGCGAGUCGAAUGGCCGGUUCAGCAGCUUGACUUCACGGCUUCGCGGCGCUGGACCGACGAACCGCGGACGUUCAGGACGCACGUCGGCUGCGGGAGAAAGCGGGAUUUACGACGCCAGUGUGGCGGCGGAGAGCGCGGAGGAUCUGAGGAAGGUGAUUGAGGGGCAAGAGCGGGAGGCGGAUCGGUUGGAGAAUGUGAGGGCUUGUUGUGAUGGCAAGCACGACGUGGGAUCGCUGUCGAGGACUGGUGGACGGCAUGGACGGCAUUCGCACGGUGCUGGUGGCCAUUCGCACGCGCAUCCGAAGGCGCAGCCGCUGAGUGUUAGUUCGCGGCCGCGGAGAGGCGAGUGA